AUGACAAUGUCAAGUGUCCUCACUUCGACAGUUGUCUCACUCUUGGAGGAUAAUUCCGAUAUGGAUUUCUUUGAUCCGGAGACGACAACAAGAAGAUCAACUUCAAGAACUUAUCCAUUAUGUACCGAGUUCUUUUGUGACGUGUAUUUCACUCCCAAGAAGAUAAUAUCACUUGCAAUGAUGCUUGGUCGAGUGGCGAUUGCAUUACUCAUAAUGCUUUUGGGUCUGAAAAUGGAAAAGGACUACAUGCGGAGCAUCACAAACACUAUUUUCAUUCCGAUUGCUGUAUCUGAACUGUUCACAAUAUACAUCGAAAUCGCAUUCUUUCAAUACAUGUUCAGCCAGUCACCAAGUCAAUCCGAGGAUUUCGCAGCUGCUUACAUCGAUUGGACACCAGAAUUCGUGAAAAUAAUCAAUGAUUAUGUGUCCAUCAAUAUGGUUGUUCUGUUCCCGCUUCUACUGUACUGCGGGCGAAUCGCUACCUUACCAGGUGACAGGAUCAAUGCCUUCCCGACAAACAUGAUUUGUCUCAUAAUGCAAGUCGUUCCAUUCUUCGUCUGCAUUCUGAACUACGUGGCCAGAUUGAAUGGAGCAGUUGUUCUAAAAAUCCUGGCAGCCACUUCCAGAAUUGUGACCAUCAUCUGUUUCCUGGCGAUCUUCAUUCAAAUUUUUAUAUCAGUGAUCACAGUGAUGCGUGAACUUCCGGAUGAGGCGGCAACAUCAGUGGACAUGCAAAUAAGAGAUGCAAGAAGUCGUUUGGCAUGGACUCUCGCUUACAUUCUCAUUCCAUUCCUUUCAUUGAUUCCAUUUGUGAUCGAGGCGAUUUAUUAUAUCUUCCAAAUUGUGCCAGAACCAAAUAGUGCUGGGAAGAUUAUCCAAGUAAUCUGUGACAUCCUCGUAAUAAUGGUUGAAUUCUAUCGUCCCACAUGGAUGGUUCUCAUCACAAUGAUCUUCCUUCCACCCUAUCGUCGUGCUGUUCCAUUACUCUUCUGUUGUUGUUCAUGUUGUCCAAAAGUCAAUGUGGAACCACUUCCAAGAAAAGAAAACGAGUCGAGUCUUAUGUAUCGAUAUGCCGAUUUGUAA